UGUUUUUUACUUUGACCUACAGAGAUCCGCAUUGUCCACGUGAAGGCGUAAAAACAGCGUUUAUUUCUCUUCGCUUAUGUUUGUUUAAUCGAUAUUUCUGUAAAUUAUGGCGGGGAUUGUGUGUCGCACCGUGAGCCGGAUCAUAUCCAAUCAGAUUCAAUCGUCAUGCUGCAGUUCUGUUGUUGCUGUCAGACACAGUCACUGGUUUACAUCAGUGCUUUCACUGAAAACAUCAAUGCCUUUAAGAGCCGAGCCCAAGAAGAAAAAGAAGGUGGAUCCACGCCGAGAACAAAUGAUGAAGGAACGCCUGAAGAAGAAGCUGAAAAAGAUGGAGAAAGUUCCGCCUGAACUGAUUCCUAUUGAAGACUUCGUUACUUCAGCCAAGAGCUUUGAUGAGACCAGGAUCCGUGAGGCUCCUCGACUCUCUUUUGAAGAAAGUGAACGCAGAGCUCUUCUGCUGAAGGAAUGGUCCAGAUACAAACACAUCCAGCACCAGGCGGAGAUGGGUGCUAUUAAGGAUGCGCUGGAGGCCCAGAGGCAGGCGCUGGAGGAGCUGAAACUGGAAUCAGAGGAGCUUUAUAAAGCAGCGAUCAGCCCAGAUAAUGACAUUUUCCCCUUCCAGCAUCAGGGCCCCUGCUACACACCUCCAAUCGAAAACUACGAGGCCCCAGACGGCAAAUACCACGACAUCACUCGAGUGUACACGCAGUGAACGGACCA